AUGCUGGAGAGAAUGUCGCGUCGCUCCCGCUCCCUGCUCUCCCUGACCUUGACCACUCUGGCUCUGGCCCUGUCCAUCCUGGCUCUGUGCACCUCCUACUGGUGUGAGGGCACUCACAAGGUGGUCAAGCCCCUCUGCCUGUCGCCUGUCAAAAUGAAGAACUGUGGUCAGAACAACAGCGAGCCUUACACCACAGAGAGCCCCACUCAGAAUCCCUUCAACCGCACACUGUCUCCAGCCAGGAAAGACGAGCUGGCCAAGAUCAAGCAGCGUCAGCUGGCCAACGCAGUGCACUACAUCUGGGAGACGGGUGAAGACAAGUUUGCUUUCCGAUACUUCCACACUGGCUUCUGGGAAAGCUGUGAGAAGCACAACGACGGGGAAAAAUGUCGCAGCUUUAUAGAGUUAACUCCAGGAGAAACCCAAGGUGUGCUCUGGCUGUCGGUCAUUUCAGAGUUUACGUACAUCGGCCUGCUGGGGAUGGGCUUCUUACUGAUGUGGCUGGAGGUCUUGUGCUCUCAUAAAGAGAUGCACUCGCUCAAAAUCAAUGCCUAUGCAGCGAUCUGCACUGUGCUGUCAGGUCUUCUUGGGAUGGUCGCCCACAUGAUGUUCACCACAGUAUUUCAGAUGACCGUCAUUGUGGGGCCCAAAGACUGGAGGCCUCAGUCCUGGGACUACGGCUGGUCAUUUGCUCUUGCCUGGGUGUCCUUCAGCUGCUGUAUGGGGGCGGCCGUGGUCACCCUUAACUCCUACACAAAGACCAUCAUCGAGCUCCGUCGCAAACAGAGGCUACGACUGGAAGAGGCGAGAGCCGCCACUCACGCUCCAGCCUAUGAGGAUGUUGUCACAGGGGGCGGGCUCUACUCGGUCAGCGGUCUAUUGCAGUGUCCGGACGGCAUGAUGGACGUGGCGUGGUCCCAGAACGGCGGCGUGGUUGGAAUGGGAAACGGGGAUGUGCCAACGCUGGUUUUGGUGGGAGGCUGUGGACCUGAGGGGUGUGAAGACUGUGAGAGAGAGAUGGACCAGAUGGACGUGGUCGUGGGCCGAGUUGAUUCACCUUGUUAG